AGUUUUACUCUGUCCUCCUCUCGUUGCUCUGGCUCUCGUCUUUGAUGGAAGACGACGAUGAGUUUGGAGAUCUCUACACAGACGUUCUCCGCCCUUUCUCUUCAUCCAAACCUACUCCUUCUCCAGUGUUCUCUGUAGUAUCUGGAUCUUCUGCAAAUCCUUCAUCCGAUCCUAACAUCCAUAGCGACGACGAAGAAAUUCUCUAUGGAGCGCCCAAUCCUAGUACCUCUGCCCAUACUCAAACCUUAACUUUUAGCGCUAAGAAGGAAAAGAGAUCCUGUACUACUGCGGAGAGAGACGAUGCCAAUUCGAAUUGGAACGAUAGUAAUAGGGGGAAUGAGCUGGAAGAGAAGGAAGAAGGAAAAAAUAAAGAACCAUCUAGGAUUUUUGACGAUGGAAUAUCGAAAUCUCCAAAGGUACACGUAUCGAGAUAUUUGGAGAACGGAGCCAUGGAAUCACAACAAACAGAAGAUCUUAGGGUUUCAGAAACUUCAGAAGCUUUUGAGAAAUCUGGGAUUGAUAAUGCUCAAGGUGAAGAAGGGAGUGAGAUAGACAGGGGCUUGAUGAAGGAUGAUGGGGUGGUCCAAGAGGAAAAGGCGGUGGGCAAGGGGGGUAUUGAUGUUGGCGUCGAUGGUAUGGACCCAAAGCCGACAAUCCCUGGACUCUCCGGUGGUUCUUUUAUUCCUGGCGUUUAUGAUAACUCAGGAAAUGGGGUAAGUGCGAAAGCUGCUGCUAGAAUGGAGGAUAGCGGAGGCAUUGGCGAUGAUUGGGACAGCGAUAGCGAGGACGAUCUGCAGAUUGUACUGAAUGAUAACACAGGGCCUCUUGCCAUGGACAGGAAGGACGGAAUGGGAAGCGAGGAUGAGGAUGGAGACGGGGAAGAUUUGGUUAUUGUUGCUGAUGGUGACCAGCAUCAUCAGCCCAUGGAAGAGCAGGAAUGGGGCGAUGAUUCUGCGCAGGCUCCGGAUGGAGAGAGGAAGGAAGGCGGCGAUACUGUUAAAUUGAAUGGAGGAAUGGUUAAUGCUUUGGGAGCUAAGAUUGGGUAUAACAAUAAUGGUUAUCAUCCACAUCAUUCUCAGUUUAAGUAUAUAAGAUCUGGUGCUGCAGUCAUGCCUGAAGGAUCUGCUGCUGGUCCUGGAGGUGUCUCUGGUCAAGUUCAUCCACCUGUCAACAUGGGUCCUAUUGCUGUUCGUGGCAGAGGUGAUUGGAGACCCAGUGGAUUUAAGGCAGCUCCUACCAUGCAGAAAAUUUUUCACUCAGGAUUUGGACCUGCUUGGGCCAACAAUUCAGUCGGACGUAGUUAUGGCGGUGGAUUGGAGUUCACACUUCCUUCUCACAAGACAGUAUUUGGUAUUGACAUUGAUAGUUUUGAGGAAAAACCAUGGAGACACCCUGGUGUUGAUGCAGCUGACUUUUUCAACUUUGGGUUGGAUGAGGAGAAAUGGAAGGGCUAUUCCAGACAAUUGGAACAACUCCGCCUGGAGGCAACCAUGCAAAGCAAAAUCCGUGUCUAUGAAAGUGGGAGAUCAGAGCAGGACUACGACCCUGACCUGCCACCAGAACUUACAGUGAUUCAUGAUGCUUCAGCUGAAAAUGCACUUCCGGGAAAGAUAGAAGGUGGACAAAGUGACUUAAUAGGCCAAGGAAAAGGAGCAGCACAUGUGCGCCCACCAAUACCAACUGGGAGGGCAAUACAAGUAGAAGGUGGCUAUGGUGAGCGUCUUCCUUCCAUAGAUACUAGGCCACCACGAAUCCGUGAUUCAGAUGCAGUUAUUGAGAUUGUUUUACAGGAUUCCAAUGAUGAUGAUCUCAUCACUGAUAAUGGCACACUAGAGCGACUGGAAAAUGAUUCCCAAGGACAGCAUCACAAUGGAGGGACUCAUGAAGUUGAAGAUAUGGGGCAGACUGACAGAGACUAUUCUGACGAUCGUUUUCCACAAACUUCUAACGGCUAUAAGAGUGAGAUUGUGGGUAGAAGAACACCAUUUAUGGGUCCUGUUCACAACAACAUACAUGAAGGAGAUGGAAUCUUACCCUUACCUCAAGAAGCCUCCAUUCAAAACCAUUCUGAUUCUAAAGGGCAGUCUCAUAUAUACCCUGGCAAGAUGCAUGGUACACCUCAUGAAGAGAGGUGGCCACCAGAUGCGGCACAUUAUAGAUACCACCCUGGAACUGCUGAGCAUGGACAUGACUUGGUACUGAGUCCAAGCGAACAAGUGAGCAGAUUCCAUGAUAGUCAGAAGGAGAAAUCAGGGGCAAUUAUCGAUCACAAGCAGAUUCCACUGUCUUCCUCUACCACAGAAAUGGCUGCUAAGGAGCCAAAUGUGGGACAUAAAGAUGGCGUUCACGAUGAUCUUGUGAUGGGAAACGGAAGCACUGAAGUGAAAGGGGAGGACAUGGUGGCCAAUUCAGUAAUCUCAAGUGAUACUGCCGAAGAUGGGGACCUGGUAAUUUCUGUUAAGAAACAAAAUCUAAGUUCCCGUGUUGAACAGACUGUAGUUCAAGAUAUUGGUGAUGCUGACGACUUAAGGGCCACACGUAGUAGUGAUAACAGCAAAGCAAGUUCAGGAAGCAGCAGAGUGUACCAGAAGCAACGUGAGAGUGGUGAGGAAGAGGUUGUUCAAGAGGGUCGGUCUAGGCACAUGGGAGACAUGAAAAGGCACCGCGAUGAUGAAGAACAUAGUUUCCGAAGGAGAGAUAAUUAUAGCCGUGAUGGCAGACAUGAGAAGGACCAAAACUGCAUGGCUGCAAAAGGGAGGGAAGAUCCAUAUAAUUCUUAUGCUCGUAGAGACUGGGAUCUUAGGUCAGCUCAUUAUUCACAUAUAAAGUCUGAGGGUGUUGAGAAGCCAAAGGAGAGGGAUAAUUCUGCUGUAGCUUGGCAAAGACGAGAUGAGGAGACACAUGGGAGAUGGGGGAAAGAUGAAGAGACAAGGAGGCAUGAGCGUGUUGAGGAAAUAGGAUCUAAACACAGAAGCAAGGUACGGGAGAGUGAGAGGAAUGACAAAGAUGAGCAUCUUCACUCCAGAAAGCGAUUGGACAAUGGUGAUUGGAAGGGUCAUCUCGAUAAAGAUGUGGGACCAAGACACAGGGAAAGAGAUGAUAAUUUGAUAAGUUGGCCUGAGAAUAUGGAUGUUCCUCAUUCCAAGAGGAGGAAGGAUGAAGAGCAUCAGAGGAGAGAACAGGCUGAGAAGGAAGAAGCCUUGCAUGGCUACAGAGCUAGGGAAGAGACCAGACAAAGAAAGCGGGAGAGUGAUGAUGUUCUGGACCAAAGGAGGAGGGAUGAUCAAAUAAGAGGAAGAGAUCGAUCUGAUGAUCACCGUGCUUCUAGGCACAAAGAUGAGAGCUGGCGACAGAGGGAGAGAGAUGAUCGGCAGAGGCUCAAGCAAUCCCAUGAAGAUUCCGUAACAAAGCGGGAUAGCGAGGAAGCCAGGGGAUCAUCAAGGAGUCGCCGAGGUCUAGAAGAAAAACUUUGGACUGUGAACCUGGGGGCUAAGGAUGAAUGUAAAGGUCUAGGAUCUGAUAAGGACCGCCAGUUGAAAGAUAAAAGGCGAGACAGUGAGCAAACUAAGAAAAGAGACAGAAUGGAGGAUGAAACUCCUUUGCAGCAUAUGGGACGUGAAGUUGUCCAUGGAUGUGAUAAUCAAAGCAAUAAGGAGGAGAGAAGCUCAAGGCAUGCAAGGUCAAGCAGCCAUAAUGAUCACCCAGUAAAUGCUUCUGAUAGACAUUGGAUGCACAAGGAAAGAUAUAAAGAGAAUAUGAGGAAAAGGAAAGAAUCUGAAGUAGGAGAUCAGAACACCCUGGGACCUGUGAAGCGGAAACAAGAAAAUAGCACUACUCACUGGAAUGAAAAGGUGACCAUGAAAGGAAGUGAGCAAGAACGUGGUAAUGUGCUAACAUUAGGUCCCUCUGAAUCUAAUGAUCCUGCAAAGUCAAGGUCCUCCAAUGUGUUUUCCAAAAAGACUCGUCAUGAGGAUGAAAUUCCACAACAACGUCACUCUUCAAGAAAACAUAGAGAAGAUGCUCCCUCAGAUGAUGAGCAACAAACCUCGAGGAAAUGUCGGUCCAAAUUGGAGCAUUGGCCAAGCCAGAAAGAAAGGGAUCAUAAUACCAGUUCUCAGACAGCUUUGUUAAAGUCUAUAGAGGCUAACAUGAAUGGCCCAUCUUCCUUUGCCAGCGAACAGCCAGAUGAAUCAUCCAAGACAGCUAAGACUGUCAAUAACCAGUAUUCCCUUGGGGAUGAGAGAAAUACUGGUGGUUUGGAGGAUAAGGAUUCUGAAAUUAGUCUUACACCUGGCAACCAACCCGAGGCAGAAAAAAUUGGAGGUGACUGCCAUCUGGACACAGUAGCAAAACUAAAAAAGCGGAGUGAGCAAUUCAACCUUCCAAUGCCUAGUGAAAAGGAUGGCAUUUCAAACAAGAUGGAAAGUGAACAACUGUCUGCAACCCAGACCAAGACUGCUGAAAAUACAGAAGUCAGACCAGAGCGACCAGCUCGGAAACGCAGGUGGAUCAGUAACUAAGGAGAGCUCAAUGCUAUUUUCUGAUUAUGAAUUUUGCAGAUCUCUGUUGGGUGGAUUCCUUUGACUUAGGAACCUGAUGUUCUUUUCUCUCUGCAAAUUUAAGAAUGCCCUCUAAGCAUUCCAACAGUUACCACGGUUUCAAUGUGUACCGUUAGUUCAUUCAGCUGAGCAUUAGUUUUUUUUUUGUCCUGUUCGUAAUUUCCAUUAUGUAUGUUUCAUCAUAGUGUAUGUAUACUAAAAUUUGUAACAUUGUACUGGUGGUUGGUGGUGGCCACGGAACCCCUUUUUCUGCAUUGAAUACUGUUGUUUUGUGAACCA